UGCGGAUCAAGAACCCCAGAAAAGAGUGGGGUGUGGCGCACUCGCCAUGCCGAAGUGGGUGUAUAAUUUCGGAGCAGGUGAAGCAGAAGGGCAUGCGGAACUCCAAGGAAAGCAAGAAGAAUUGCUGGGAAACAAAGGUGCCAACUUGGCCGAGAUGGCUUCGAUUGGACUUCCGGUGCCACCAGGAUUCACUUUGACCACUGAGGUGUGCUCUCACUUUGUGGACUCGGGGUCAUAUCCAGAAGGCCUCAAAGAGCAGGUGCAGAAAUCGCUGCAGACCUUAGAGUCGAGAGCCGGCUGCAAAUUUGGAGACUCUGAGAACCCACUUUUGGUUGCAGUGAGGGCCGGCGGGAGGGCAAGCAUGCCUGGCAUGAUGGACACGGUGUUGAAUGUCGGUCUGAAUGCAAAGACGGUAGAGGCCUUGGCCGAAAAAAGUGGAGAUGAACGAUUUGCCUACGACAGCUAUAGACGCUUCAUUCAGAUGUAUGCAGAUGUUGUGCUGGGCAUCGAUUCGAGCCAUUUUGAGAAGAUGUUGCGACGAGCGAAGCAAAAACGAGGAGUCAAUGAGGACCAUGAGCUUGGAGUGGAAGACUUGGAGCGGCUAGUGCGAGACUACAAGACAAAGGUAUUUGUGGAGCUUGGCGCGGAGUUUCCCACAGACCCUCAGGUUCAGCUUUGGGGUGCCAUUGGCGCUGUUUUCAAGAGCUGCAGCUCAUCCAGAGCCAAGACCUACCGAGAACUCCAUGACAUUUCGGAGGAUGCGGGAAGCGCCGCCGCCACCGUCCAAGCGAUGGUUUUUGGCAACGGGUCAGGUCCAGACAGCGCGUCAGGUGUGGCCUUUACCCGGAAUCCCUCCAGUGGAGACAACCAUUUCUACGGAGAGUUUCUUCUGAAUGCGCAGGGUGAAGAUCUGGUGGGGGGAAUCCGAACUCCAGCUGAGCUAACUAUGCAAGCCCGACUGGCUCAUGGAAACACCCUCCCGUCUUUGGAAGAGAGGAUGCCCAAAGUCUUCAGAGAACUUGUGGCAGUCCGUGAGCAGUUGGAGAAGCAUUACAAGGACGUCCAGGAUAUCGAGUUCACCAUUCAGAAGGGUAAGCUCUACAUGCUUCAGACUCGUGCAGGGAAACGUACCACACAUGCAGCUAUCCAGAUCGCUGUUGACAUGACCAACGAAGGCCUCAUCACCAAGCCGCAGGCGGUGAUGCGCUUGCAUCCCAGUCAGAUUGACCAGUUGCUUCAUCCAACCAUCAGGGAAGAUGCCAAGAAACAGGUGAUUGCAAAGGGUCUUCCAGCCUCGCCGGGUGCAGCCAUGGGGAAGGUGGUCUUUUGCGCGGACGAGGCCGUUCAGAGAGUCAACGAUGGAGAGAAGGUGAUUCUGGUGCGGAGCAAAACCAGCGCAGAAGACAUUCAUGGACUACACGCUGCGGAAGGUGUGCUAACCACUUGCGGAGGCAUGACAAGCCAUGCUGCGGUCGUUGCUCGCAGUAUGGGACGCCCAUGUGUAGCUGGAGCAGGACAUUUGGAAAUCGAUGAGGCGGCCGGAAAGCUGAAGGUGGGUGACGUUGUGGUGGAAAAAGGUCAGAAGCUGACCAUCGACGGAAGCACGGGAGAAGUUCUUCUUGGAGACGUGCCCACGGUGGUGCCCAAGGUCACCGGUGCUUUCAGGACGUUGAUGUCCUGGUCCGACGAGUAUCGCACCAUGCAGGUCCGUGCCAAUGCAGAGACCGUGGCAGAUGCGCGCUUGGCCAAAGACUUUGGUGCAGAAGGUAUUGGCUUAGUGCGAACUGAACACAUGUUCUUUGUUGGCAUGCGCAUCACUGCCAUGAGACAAAUGAUCUUGGCCUCCGACACCCGAGAUCGAAAGGAUGCCUUGCAUCGGCUAUUGUUCAUGCAACGGGAAGAUAUGACCGAACUCUUCCAGAUCAUGGAGGGUCAUCCUGUUACGAUUCGUUUGUUUGAUCCUCCCCUGCAUGAGUUCCUGCCCAACACGGAGGCCGAGUUGUCCUACGUGGCGCGGGCUGCAGGCGUGCCAGUGGACCGUGUGCGUCGACGUGCCACCGAGCUGAACGAAGCCAAUCCCAUGCUGGGACACCGUGGCUGUCGCUUGGCGAUUACUUAUCCUGAGAUCUGCGAGAUGCAGACGCGUGCCAUUUUCGGUGCAGCAGUGGAAGCAGGUCGAACCGCUCCGUCGAAGAAGUUUCCCGUGGUCGAAGUCAUGGUACCUCUGGUGGCCUCUGUCGGUGAGUUCAAAAUCAUCAAACAGAUCAUCGACAAGACCGCGGCAGCUAUUCAGAAAGAGGAGAAUGUGAACUUUGAGUAUCGCGUUGGUUCGAUGAUUGAACUUCCACGGGCAGCUCUUCAAGCUGCCAAACUGGCCAAGCACGCGGAGUUUUUCAGCUUCGGCACCAAUGACUUGACGCAGACCACCUAUGGCCUCAGUCGAGACGACACUGGGAGUUUCAUGGCAGAGUACAAGGCCAAAGGCAUCGUGGCGUGUGAUCCCUUCGUGACAUUGGACGAAGAUGGCGUGGGCGAACUCAUCAAAUUGGCCAUGACCCGUGGCCACAGCACGCGGCCGGACAUGAAGAUGGGCAUCUGUGGCGAACAUGGUGGCGAUCCGACCUCCAUUGAUUUCUGCCAGAGGAUAGGCUUGAACUAUGUGAGCUGCUCCCCCUACCGGGUCCCCAUCGCCCGGCUGGCUGCAGCACAAAGCGCAUUGAAAGCGCGAGGCGAGGAAGUGGGGUCACCCGAAAUCAGAGCCGCCAAGCCUCGGGUGCCCACCUUUGGACCAUGGUGAGACUGGAGGUGACUUUUUUGGUGCUAAGAUAUGGCAAUUUUCUGGAUGUAAGAUUUUAGGGAGGAGAGUGCGCGAUGAAAAUUGCGUCUCUCAAGUUCCAUUUGAAGGCACAGCUCCCUUUUCAUGUUCGUUCCAAUUUGAGAACCC